AAGCUACAUGGAACUCAGCCAUCAUUGAGUUGAUCAUUUACACCUGUGAUAGUCCUACCAUGCUCUACCUAAAAUGGCUGCUGUGCAAAAGACCCAUCAACUUUUCAAAUGAGUAAUCGUAGUGUUGUAUUUGUUGCUAUCCUUGAAAUUAACAGUGUUUGUCGAUUGUUUUUUUUUUUGAUAAAAUCAGUUUUUUAAAACAACACUUGUCUGACCAAAUGUCUCUUAAACGGUUCCCCUUCCUUCCAGUUCACUUGGCACCUUCCUUCAGGAAUCUGCCAUAAAAGGAUUUCUCAGAGAAAAAAGCUGGUUUGACUGUCCCUGAGUCCAAGGCAGAUGAUGGCCUCAUGCAGUCUAGAGGAGAGACCUCAGCUACACUGUGAGGUAAAAGACCUGUGAGACUCUGAUGGACGUCUACCAGGAUGCUGUGCAGUAUCUGCAAUCAGAACACGUGCCAGUGGAAGUGGAGACUGCUGUCUUGGUGGAGGAUGUGUUCCAUGAGGAGGAGGAGGAGGAGGAGGUGGUGAUGCCCUCUUAUCUUUCUUCUCUUCAAGAAGAGAGCAUAGACCUCCCUGUAACCCCUACAUCCUGCAGCUCAGAGGAAAUGUUGGAGAGGAGGCUGUUGGUUCUCAAAGGCAUCGUGGAGAGUGAGGAGGUUUAUCUGAGAGAGUUGGAGGUGCUGCUCAUGCCCAUGAAGGCUCUGCGGGCCUCAGCUGGGACCUCCCAGCCGGUUCUGUCCAGUCAACAAGUCCACACUGUUUUCUACCAGGUGCCUGAGCUUAGAGACAUGCACCAAAGCUUCUACUCAGACCUGAAGGCCCGGCUGAACGCUCACUGCCACACAGAUCCUGCCUCGGGUGAACAAAGAGACAUGAACCACACAGACUCUGAGCUGAUGGUGGGGGAAGUGUUUCUGAAAAUGGUGAACCAGAUCGGUCUCUACGGUGGUUUCAUUCAAAACUAUGAAGAUGCCGUUGAAGUUGUCCGCAAGUGCACACAGUCAGACCCUCGCUUCAGAACUCUGGCCGAGAGCAUGAUGUUGAACAACGGCGCUGACAAGUCUCGCACCAAAUACACAUUUGAGGCUCUACUAUACAAACCUCUGGACAGAGUGACCAAGACAACACUAGUGCUGCGUGACCUCCUGAAGACGACACCAGCGGAGCAUAGCGAUUACGUAGCUUUGCAGGAAGCGCUGAGAUUGUCUCGCAGCUUCCUGUCUGGUGUCAAUGAGAGUUCACAGUGCAAGCGAGAUGUCAUGCUCAGUCACGGAAUGAGACGUCAGCUGAUGCGUGACGGCUUUGUGGUGGAUGGCACUGAUGGAGAACGCAACCUGCGACACAUUUUCCUUUACACCGACCUCCUGCUGUGUGUCAGAUUAAAACAUACCACCAGAGGGAAGCAGGAUCAGUACAGGUUCUGCUGGUAUCUGCCUCUGGCUGGUCUCAAACUACACUGGUCUGCAGAUCAGGAACGACCGUCGGACACACACCUCCGUUUACACACCAUAAGAAGCAAGAUGUAUCUCCUGCGACAGCAGAUUCGGCAACAAUCGAGGGGAUCCAGAGGAAUGUCCUUUGUAGCUCGCACCAAGAAGAAACUAGAGCAAAUGGAUCUGAUGCUGCUCACAUACUCUCCUCUUUAUAGACUGGAGCUGCACAGCCCUAGUGGCAAGAGUCACACUCUCCUCCUCUCCUCCUUGUAUGAACUCGAAGAAUGGAGAGAAGCCAUUCAUAAACUCAGUGCAGACAACAUAGAAACUGUCCCACCAGACCUGCUCACUCUCACCAGUGCAUGUGUGAAACUGAGAAUGACCCAGCAGCCACCACUACAAAUCUCCAGGGCUGCAGUAGAGGACACAGAGUCAUUGUGUGGGACUCUGCGUGUGGCCAUUCACUCUGCCCGCGGCCUGCAGCAACCAGCACGUGUUUAUGUGUGUGUGGAAGUGGAUGGAUGUGACUUUUAUGAUAAUGAGACACAGACACACUCUUCAGUCCACAGCCUCAACCCAUACUGGGACCAGGAGCUGUCUUUCCAGGUUGACGGGGCUCAGAACCUGAGGCUGCUCUGUGUGAGUCAGUCCGACAGACGGGAUGAUACCGUCCUGGGAAAAACAACCUUCAAGUUGGAGUCUAAAUCCCUGCACAACGGAUGGAGGAGACAGAUUUUACAGCUUGGUUCUCUGGAGUUGACUCUGUCCCUCAAGUACAGUCACCACCGGCUUGAACCACCGAGCUCCACAGCUUCACCACUGCCUGUUUUCAGUGUCCCUAUCGAAACUGUGGCUCAACAGGAUGGAGUGCUGGUUCCCCACGUGGUGCGAUGCUGUGUGGAGGAGGUGGAGAGUAGAGGCAUGGAUGAGGUGGGAAUCUACAGGGUUUCGGGGACAUCCAGUGAAAUCAACGCGCUCAAGAAUGCUUUCAACAGCAGUAAGAAAAUACAGAAUCUGCGUGAAGCUGUGACCAGGCUGAGAAGUGUCGACGUGAACAACGUCUCUGGUGUCCUCAAGCUGUACUUCAGAGAGCUGCCUGAGCCUCUUAUACCCGCUGAGCUGUUCCACAGUCUGGCAAGGAUGCUGGAUAUCCAGGACAAACCCUCGCGUCUCGUCUCCAUGUUGUCUCUGCUACAGUCCUGUCCUGUGACCAACCGCCACACCUUCAUCUACCUCAUGCACCACCUGCAACGUGUGUCUGAGAAGGAAGACGUCAACAAGAUGUCUCUGAUGAACCUGGCCACAGUGUUUGGUCCGAGCCUUUUACGCCCCCCUGUGGCUGGACAGGGUGAUGACCCAGCUGUGAACAUAUCCCAGGAGGUGGUGGUUCAGGUCCAGGUGGUUUUCUGCUACCUGCAGUGCAACAACCUCCCUGAAGCCCAGAUCUCUGUGCCACAUGACACAGAUGCUGAAGAUGACGAGACCACCCACAUGUGAGACCACCAGCAGCAGGGUCACGGCUGGCAGAAAGAAACAAAACAAAUGUAUUUAUUAUUGGCACAAUUAUUGUGACUUUUGAAGUUUUUUUUGUAAAAAUAGUUUAACAACCUUUUUUUUUGCUACAUUAGAUGUGAGUUGUGAAAACGACAACUCCAACAUGUAAAUAAAUGGCUACAGCAUUGUGACGCGUCGACAAUAAAUCCUUCCAUGGCUGUUUGUGAA